CCCUUGCGAUCCAGGGUCGCAGAACCCACGCGAUGAAGUGCGUGUUUGUUACCGUAGGGACCACCAGCUUUGACGACCUCAUUGCGUGUGUGUCAGCGCCCGACAGUCUGCAAAAAAUCGAGAGCCUUGGUUACAGCCGACUUAUCCUGCAAAUUGGUAGAGGAACGGUGGUACCUGAACCCUUCAGUACUGAGUCGUUUACCCUGGAUGUUUACAGGUACAAGGAUUCCUUGAAAGAAGAUAUUCAGAAAGCAGAUCUCGUUAUUAGUCACGCAGGUGCAGGAAGCUGUUUGGAGACUCUGGAAAAAGGCAAGCCACUCGUGGUGGUUAUAAACGAAAAGCUGAUGAACAAUCAUCAGCUGGAACUGGCAAAACAGCUACACAAAGAGGGUCAUCUCUUGUAUUGUACCUGCAGCACGCUUCCUGGGCUGUUACAGUCAAUGGACUUAUCAACACUGAAAUGUUAUCCUCCUGGCCAGCCAGAAAAAUUUUCUGCAUUUUUGGAUAAAGUUGUUGGAUUACAAAAAUAAACACUAAACUCUCAACACUUUUUAAAACAACCCCCAAAUUCAACCUAUGGAAUGUGAUUAAAUCAAAUUAAAUACAUAAUACAUAUUUA